AUGACAUCUUCGGUGCCUUUGGCAACUAGUAGUAUCUACUUUAAGACCUCCGAAAACGGCGCGUGCCGCUGGCUACAAUUAUACGCCAAUCAACCCGGCGUAUCACGGAACCCUGGCCCAAUACAGGUAUCCUGCAAAGAUCUCUGCUGUUUUCGAUCCAGUACAUCUUUCUACAAUGUGGACAUUAUGAUUCGAUGGGGGAAUCCGUCAAAUGAUGCAGAGAACAUCGGGUAUGUCGGUAUUGUUUGA